AUGACUGCGGUACCUGAAAAUGAUUUGGCCCCAAUUGCGGUCCGCCCAAAAGUGCUUAUACCAGAAAAGGUAUCACCAGACGGCCUCGCCAUUCUCCAGGGCUCACUCGAUAUCGACCAGCGCUCUGGUCUAAGUGCCGAUGAAUUAAAAGCUAUCAUCCCAGACUACGAUGCAUUGAUCAUCCGCUCGGAGACCAAGGUCACGGCGGAGCUUCUCUCGGCUGCUACGAAGCUGAAGGUGGUUGCUCGAGCUGGCGUGGGAGUUGACAAUGUUGACGUCGCAGCUGCCACCGACCUCGGUGUUAUUGUUGUAAACUCGCCCAGUGGAAAUAUUGUGGCCGCCGCGGAGCACACAAUUGCAUUGCUUCUGGCCACAGCUAGGAAUAUACCUGCCGGGUCUGCGAGCCUCUCAGAAGGAAAAUGGAUACGAAGUAAACUCGUCGGAGUGGAAGUCAGUAGCAAGACGCUGGGUAUAAUUGGCCUGGGCAAAGUCGGACUCAAGGUGGCACGUAUGGCUGUCGGAUUGGGCAUGACAGUCGUUGCCUUGGACCCUUACGCCAGUCCUGAGAUUGCGGCUGCAAACUCAGUAUCCAUGGUCUCUGACUUACAAGUGCUCCUUCCUCUAGUCGAUUUUUUAACAAUCCAUACACCCUUGGUGGCCAGCACGAUGGAUCUGAUAAGCACAGAAGAAUUAAAGAAAAUGAAGAAGACUGCAAGAGUCCUGAAUGUUGCGAGGGGAGGCGUAUUUAACGAAGAAGCUCUCUUGGAAGCACUAGAAUCUGGGACAAUUGCAGGUGCUGGCUUGGACGUUUUCACAUCUGAGCCACCGGCGCCAGGAUCGGCAGCCCAAAAGCUUAGCAGACACCCAAAGGUCGUGGCUACCCCACAUUUGGGAGCGAGCACGGUAGAAGCCCAGGAAAAUGUCAGUCUGGAUGUUUGUGCUCAAGUCCUCACAAUUCUCUCCGGAGGCCUCCCGACAUCAGCUGUGAACGCCCCUUUGAUUCUACCCGAGGAAUACAAGAAACUACAGCCGUUUGUCCGGCUUGUUGAAAGUCUGGGGAGUUUCUACACUCAGCACUUCGGCUCUCGUGGAGCUGCCACCGGUGGCAAGACCUUUGACCUAAUUUACGAGGGAGAAUUGGCUUCUAUAUCAAAUACUCGACCCCUGUUCGCUGCCCUCGUCAAGGGGCUAACAUCUUCUAUCUCCGACUCAGGUGGCCGUGAUGUCAACAUUGUCAACGCCUCGUUGAUUGCCAAGCAAAAGGGGAUUGUUAUCAACGAAAGUCAUCGUCGAGAAUCCAGUAGCCUGACAUAUGCCAGUCUGGUCACCUUGCGAUCAUCGAAUUCCGAUGGGACAGGAGAGCAAAUGAUCUCGGGAUACGUGUCAGGAAACUCGAUUUUCAUCUCGAAACUUGACAGGUUCACGACCAGUUUUAUUCCAGAAGGCACCUUGAUUAUUUGCCACAACUAUGAUUCGCCGGGCAUGAUCGGGCACGUGGGUGGUAUUCUCGGCAGCCGCGAUAUCAAUAUCAGGUUUAUGAGCGUGGCGGCCCUAGACGGUCCAGGCAAUACUGCUCCAGGCCAGAACACAAACGGUAAAAUACAAAAGGAGGCGCUGAUGAUUCUAGGAGUCGAUGGCAUUGUCGGGAAAGACAAUAUCGCUGAGCUCGUGGCUCAGGAGGGCAUACUGGAUGUGUCAGUGGUGACGAUUUAA